UUCGCAAAUGUGGGCUGCAGGUGAGCUCAGCCGAUUGGUCCAAAUCCAAACAGCCACCAUCCACCUGAAGACGCCUCCUUAAAAACAGCCCCCAUGGAGGUGGCGCCGUUUUCAAAUAGAAUUUAACCAGUGGGCCUGACGGAGGUCGUCCCGAUUCUUUUUGGAAACAACUUCAGACAUGGCGGACUGGAAGACGCAGAUCAACUACAACUACAACGCGUCCUACCAUGCCUACGCUUACGGCCUCAUGUAUCAAUCCGGACACGACCAGAACCACCUCCACGUCACCGGCUGGAGCGAAGGGGGGCCAUCCGAUUUUAAUAACUACACACCCGGGAUGACGCAGGUCUACUACGCCGCCGCAGCCGCCGCCGCAGCCGCCAGGACCCGUGAAGAGUCUCCGCCUCAUAGUCCGGAGCAGCGCGUUGCCAACGGUCAUUGCCAUUACCAGACCUCCGCUCUUGUCUACCUCGACGAGUGUCAAGCUGGUCGCCUGCAGGCGGCGGCUGGAACGCCCCGAGCCGACUACGAGACGCCCCGAGCCGACUACGGGACGCCCGCCGAAGAAAGCAGAAAGGGCGUCAGCGAGUCCACAAGCGACUCGGAGGCUCACGCCUCUCCUGAUUCAUGGAGUUUUAGCAGUGGCCGAGAAAGUGGUCUUCCGCAGGCGGACCCCGGCGCGUGGGUGGAGAAAGAUCCCGGCAUUGAUCCAAACAGCAGGAGCCCUGACGCAGGAGACCAUGUUUCAAGCUCCCUUAUGGAGGAGCUGCCCUCCUGCAAUGACAUGGGCAACCACAACGCUCUGACUUUCCCUUCCCUCCAAGCGCCCUUACUGGCCCCAAACAAACUAAGCACUAACGCUGGGACCCCUAAAGGAAAGGUGCGCGUUUCCUUCUCCGAAAGCCAGAUGAACGCUCUCGUCCAGCGUUUCAGUGUGCAGAGAUACCUCACCCCGGCCGAGAUGAAGAACUUAGCUGAACUCACGGGGCUUACCUACAAACAGGUGAAGACCUGGUUUCAAAAUCGAAGGAUGAAGCUUAGGAGACACCAGAAAGACAACAAUUGGGUGUCAGAACGCUACGCCACAACCACCACUAAGAGUCGCAGCCAAGCCGUUCGCGGAGCUGUCAUUAACCACGCUCCCCUUUAUCAAGCAGAAAGCCAAAGACCACCACUUAAGGAGCACUACAACCACGCCAUGAUGGAGCCAGCCUUCAAGAGAACAUCUCCACCCAACCUGGCCUUCUAUCUUGCUAGGAUGGGGAAUAGCGCCGCAGCUGCUCCUUAUUCCACAUGGUCGGCCGGCACACCUCAAGCUGCCAUGGCCACUAGGUCACAGGCGCUUGGCUGGUCUGUGCCUCCAGGCGUCAACCAGUAUGAAUACUACCCGGGUGCAUUCCACUCGACCGAGCCAGACACCAGCUCGGAUGGCAAAGAUGCAGAGUCCGUCUCCGACCAUAACGCACAAAAUAUAGUCGUUGGACAUGACAUGGGCCAGUAGGGUGCUUCUGUUGUGUGUGUGUGUGCGCAUUCUUCUUUGCAGAGGUCCUGAAGUCUUUUUUUUUUUUUUUUCUUCAUCAUGUGGGUGUAUAUCGUUGAUAUAUUUGAGCAAAACUAUUUUUGCCUUUUUUAACACCAAGUUUUAUUUUUAUAUACAACUAUUUAAAGUUUGAUGGUGUGCUCGAUGUACACAACACCUGCACACGCUCAGGUUGUUUUGGAAAUGUUUGAAGAUAAAAGACUGAUUUAAAUCUGCCCAGAAUUUCCCCUAUA